GGGGCCCUGGGCCGGCGGGGCCCUGGGCCAGCGGAGCCCUGGGCCGGCGCGGCGUGGGGUGGUGGUGCCGUCUCGCGACCGCUGUGGUCGGUGAGAGGCUUCUCCUGCCUCUUGGCAGUGCGGCCCCCGGCGUGUGGCUGGGCCGCCUCGGCGGGAGCGAGGCCUUGUCUGUGGCUGAGGGGACGGCUCUCAUCCUUGCUCUGCCGUUGUUAUUUUUGAGGAAAAACACGCAGCAGAGUGCGCAAGAAGUUCUCGUUUCUGUGUUACCUGGAAGCAACCACUGCUGUUGCCCACCAAACACCCCUCAAGAUUCCCCUUUUCUGAGGUGGCUACAGCGAGAUGGCGGUAGUUUGGCCAGUGCUAGGACUGGUCCUCUGGGUCAUCUGAGGUGCCGUAACAUUGCUUUGCCAGCCUGCAUUCAUGUGUGACCCAUGUAGGCAAAGAAAACAAAUGCUUAAAAUACAAGGAGUUCCCGUUGUAGUCCAGGGGGAUAGUAAUAAGAUGUCUUCAUUGAGGUAGAUGUAUAAAAACAAAUCUGCGAAUUGUAUGCAUAUCAUGUGAUGCAUCUGGUGUUACAAGCUGGUAGGGUUAAGUCAGUAGUUGACAGCGUCUUCUAAGAAAAUGAAGGUAAACUGAAAUAGUCCAGUUUUCAUCACUUGUCUAUGAGCCUACUCAUAAGUGGCAACUUGGAUCACUUCUGCCUGCCUUCCUUGUUUUCUUGGUUUUCUCGACUGUAUCUUUCACUCUGUCCUCCAAAGCAGUCAUGCUCUUAUUGAAUAUAUGUUGUUCUGUUGGGCUUUUUUCUGCAAUAUCACCGAGUUUUUAAAAUUAGAAUGCUAAAUGAAUGCUGCAGCUGCACUUAGAUAUGCAAUAAAUUCACAUUUUUUACUAGUGCUGUGUUAAUUCCUGACAAUAAACUAGCAAUCAUAAGUUGCAUGUUUUCUCAUUCAUGUUCUUUAAGUGUUCUGAGAAAGACAGGAACUUCUUAAAAAUUCUUAGAUUUGGUAGGGGGGAUGUUAUUGUUUGGAGGGGUUUUUUUGUAAGAUAUCUCUGCAAACAUUCAAUUUGUAAGAAAAUUGCAGUUGAGUAAGUGGAAAUCGUGAGAGUUGGGGUCAAGAUUUUAUUUAAGGAAUUAUGCUUUUAACUGCAAGUCAUCUGUCCUUUUACGGUGUGUCAUAAGUGGGCAAGAAGAAUUAAACAGUGAAGUAAAUGGCUGACAACUUCCCACGUGAGACUUUAUGUGGCAUACCAGAUAACAGAAGAAAGGCAGGAGCUACUGGUCAUCUGUCUUAGACCCAGCAUUACAGAUGAGUGUGAGCCACAUGAAUGUGGAAGUUGAAGAUGGGUGCUGCUGCACGGAUCUGAAGUCGUUUUGCCUGGAGUUAAUUUGCGAAAUGCUUUCAUUGAAGUGCUUGGACUCUCUUCCAAGGUUCUUUUGCAUAAGCAGCAGACUAACAUCUGCAUCUUGUCCACAGGCACAGAGUUCUGCUAAACCUCUUCAGACCAGUCCUUUUGCCAUGGAAGCCGAAGAAGCAAUGGAAUGUAUCCAGGAAUUCCCUGAACACUAUAAAGUUAUUUUGGAUCGACUGAAUGAACAACGUGAGCAAGACCAGUUUACAGAUAUCACUCUGAUUGUCGAUGGUCACCAUUUCAAAGCUCAUAAGGCUGUUCUUGCUGCCUGUAGCCAAUUCUUCUACAAAUUCUUUCAAGAUUUCACUCAGGAGCCCUUGGUGGAGAUUGAAGGUGUAAGUAACAUGGCAUUUCGUCACUUAAUUGAGUUCACCUAUACAGCAAAGCUAAUGGUCCAAGGUGAGGAAGAAGCAAAUGAUGUUUGGAAAGCCGCUGAGUAUCUACAGAUGUUAGAAGCAAUCAAAGCACUUGAAAUCAGGAACAAAGAAAAUUCAUCACCCUUAGAAUCAAAUCAAGCACAAGAUAAAAAUAAACCAAAAAAGAGGAAGAUAGCUGAAACCUCUAAUGUUAUCACAGAAACACUGCCAUCUGCAGAGUCGGAGCCUGUUGAAAUUGAGGUUGAGAUUGCUGAAGGGACAAUUGAAGUGGAAGAUGACAGCAUCGAAACACUUGAAGAAGUAGCUUCUGCAGAGCAGUCCAUAAAGUACAUACAGACAACGGGUACUUCGGAUGAAUCGGCUUUGGCUCUUUUGGCAGAUAUCACCAGCAAGUAUCGUCAGGGAGAGAGAAAAUGCCAGAUCCAAGAAGGAAGUGAUAGUGCAACUGAUCCCUCGUGCAAACAGGAACACAUGAAAACACAUUCUACUGAGAGUUACAAGUGUGACAUAUGCAAUAAAACAUACCUACGAGAGAGUGCUUUGAAACAGCACCUCACCUGUUACCACCUUGAUGAAGGUGGUGCCAGCAAGAAGCAAAGACCUGGCAAAAAAAUACAUAUAUGCCAGUACUGUGAUAAGCAGUUUGACCACUUUGGACAUUUUAAAGAGCACCUCCGGAAGCACACAGGUGAAAAACCAUUUGAAUGUCCAAACUGCCAUGAACGUUUUGCUAGGAAUAGCACGCUGAAAUGUCACCUGACGGCCUGUCAGUCUGGAGCUGGAGCUAAAAAGGGAAGAAAGAAGCUGUAUGAAUGUCAGGUUUGUAACAGUGUGUUUAACAGCUGGGAUCAAUUCAAAGAUCACUUAGUAAUACACACCGGUGACAAACCCAACCACUGUACCUUAUGUGAUGUGUGGUUUAUGCAAGGCAGUGAGCUGAGAAGGCAUCUCAAGGAAAUGCACAAUAUUUCUGAACGAAUAGUGACAGAAGAGGUUCUUCCAGUGGAAGCUGUCGAAGCUGAACCAGUAACAUCAAUGACUAUAAUAGAACAAGUGGAGCAAGUCCAUGUCCUACCAGUAAUUCAGGUACAAGUGGAUCCUGCACAAGUAACUGUGGAACAGAUGCACCAGGAUCUCAUACAGGACAAUCAAGCAAAAGGCACGCAGAUGGAGGAACUGCAAGAACAGGUGCAAAUUAGUUACUUGGAAGUUGAACACAUUCAGACUGAACAAGGCGCUGAAGUUCAUGUGGAGCAGUUACAUGUUGAGCACGUAAAUCAAAUACAGAUGGAAGAAGUACAGGCAGAACUUAUAGAUGGAACACACCUGGAACAAGUAGAAUAUGAAAGUGUUGAUCAAGGAGAAGCAGAAGAAAAGGAACCUAAUCAAGUAGAUGAUGCAGAUAAGGAAGAUCAUGAACAAGCUGAAGACUUAAAAACUCAACAGUUAGUGGACACACAGAAUGAAAAGGUGCAUGACUAGGACAAAUAAACACACUGCACAGGUUUAGGAAUGAAAUACCAAAUUAUUUUUGUUAACUUUUACAUUGUUUUUGAACCAUCGGUGGUCACCUUUCCAAUGUGCUGUCCAUAGGAAGCUGGACAAGUGGACCAAAAUUAGUUUUCUUCAUGUACAACUAAACUUCUCUCAUAUGUGAAAAAUCUUUCCCAUUCAUGUAAUACCAUGGAACAGAAACUACCACAGACACGGACAGCUUUGUGAGGAUUUUAAUAAUGAAUAGUUUGUAUUGUUGUUACACCAUCCCUGGGUAUAUGUAAGAGUAACUUCACCUCUUUUCCUCUUGCAGCUGGAGCAAACUCUUGCUGUAGAUUUGCAGGGUGUCUGUGGCAGAAGAAUCAGUAAAAUCUGGUGGGUUCUAUUGUAAGUGGUAAUUGCCUACCUGUGAUUUUCAGAACAGACUGUUUGCUGUAUCCUAACAGCAGUCCCUAGCUUUCAAGCUGGAGAAAAAACAUUGUUGCUGAAGGUCUCUGAGCACAAAAAUCCUGUGCCUUUUCAACACUGACUGGUUAAAUGUCCACAAAGUUCCUAGAGUGUUCAAGAACCUAGUUCAGCAAAAGGCAAUGUAGAUAAUGUUAUAGCGCUUUAUAUUUUUGCUUAAAAUUGUCGGCUACUGAUUUUUUUUUUCUUUUUGUGUUAAAUUUAGAGGCAGGGGGCCUGAGGGAGGAAACUGAUUCCAUGUGAAGGCAGCAAGACAUUUUAAAAGGGACACUUUAAAAUAGGAAAAGCUCAGUAGAGUCUGUGGUAAACAUGAGCUGGAAGAAGGCUACCAGCAGACUCUUCUUUUAUAAAUUGUAAUUUUUUUUUUUAAUGAAUAUGUUUAAACAUAAAUACAGAGGAGACUUGUCUAUAUGGUAUCAGGUUCCUGUUUUUUUGAAAUGAAAUGAAAUUCUGACACUUGACACAAAGAUGUGCUAAACAUAAAAGUAAAAGCCAUAGGUAUGAGUGCUAAACAGUGGGAUUGAAAAGUAGGAGUGUAAAUAAUUUAAUCAAUAUUAGACAAUAAAACAAUACCAACCAUGAAAUGUUGCAUUAUUUGUUUCAUCCAAUAAAUUAGGAACAACUGAGUGACUGGCAGUUACAGUGCCAGCUCCCAGUGGUAAGAAUCAAUCUCAUUUUUAAUAAGAUUAAUAGGUCUUUACUGUAAAGUUAGAUUUGUUUAGAAAAUACUUGUCUAGCUCUCUGUUCAAGGAUGCUAAGGACUUCUAAUUCUCAAUUAUUGCCUUGAGAUUAGAGGUGCUCCACACUUCUGAAAAACUUUCUUUUCAAAGCCUUAACUGAAGGGAGGAAUUUUUGCAAGGACAUUCCCUAAUGCUCUUGGUAAUCCUGUAGAUCUUACUUAAAAUCAGGCUUUUCUAUUCAGUCUUCUCCAAAUGCAGAAUUAUUUCCUGGGAUUUGUGCUUUUAUUUAGUCUUGUUCAGAAUGGUUCUUGUGUUUCAUCAUAGCCUUUGAGAAACUGUUGCAGAACAAACAUGGAUCUUAAUUAAAAUUUCAAACAAGUUGAUUAACUUGCAUUCCUUUUUUAUGAUGUUUUCUGUUUAGCAAGGUGCAAGUAAUAUGUGAUGAGAUUCUGCGCAGAAGGAAGAAUUUGGCCCAAUGUUAAUUAUGAAAAUAAAAGUUGGCUAUUGUAUUUAUACCUGACUUCUGUUAAGAAGCCUAUCUUUUGAUAACACAGAGAGGACAGGGCUGCUUGCUUAGUUGCAUAACUCUAAUUUUUUAGGUAUUUGUGC